AUGGCCCCGUUUGGAUAUUUCUUUUUUCUCUGCGGGCUGAAGCAGGCGAUGGGCAGCUACCCGAUCUGGUGGUCCUUGGCUGUGGGGCAUCAGUACUCCUCACUGGGCACUCAGCCCAUCCUGUGCGGGAGCAUUCCCGGCCUGGUGCCCAAACAGCUGCGCUUCUGUCGGAAUUAUGUGGAUAUCAUGCCCAGUGUGGCUGAAGGUGUGAAGAUUGGCAUCCAAGAAUGCCAGCAUCAGUUCCGAGGUCGACGAUGGAACUGUACCACUGUCAACAAUAGCCUCGCCAUCUUCGGCCCGGUACUGUACAAAGCCACCAGGGAAUCAGCCUUUGUCCACGCCAUUGCCUCAGCUGGUGUGGCCUUCGCCGUGACCCGUUCCUGCGCUGAGGGCUCAGCCACCCUGUGUGGCUGUGACACCCGCCACAAGGGCUCCCCAGGAGAAGGCUGGAAAUGGGGGGGCUGCAGUGAGGACGUGGAAUUCGGCGGCAUGGUGUCCCGAGAGUUUGCCGAUGCCCGAGAGAACCGGCCUGAUGCCCGCUCAGCCAUGAACCGCCACAACAAUGAGGCAGGGCGGCUGGCCAUCAUUGACCACAUGCACUUGAAGUGCAAAUGCCACGGGCUGUCGGGCAGCUGCGAAGUGAAGACCUGCUGGUGGUCCCAGCCCGACUUCCGGGCGGUGGGCGACUACCUGAAGGACAAAUACGACAGCGCCUCGGAGAUGGUGGUGGAGAAGCAUCGGGAGUCCCGGGGCUGGGUGGAGACUCUACGGCCCCGCUACAAUUACUUCAAGGCCCCCACCGAUCGGGACCUGGUCUACUACGAGAGCUCGCCCAACUUCUGCGAACCCAACCCAGAGACGGGCUCCUUCGGCACCAGGGACCGCGCGUGCAACGUCACCUCGCACGGCAUCGACGGCUGCGACCUCCUCUGCUGUGGCCGAGGCCACAACACCAGGACGGAGAAGCGCCGGGAGAAGUGUCACUGUGUGUUUCACUGGUGUUGCUAUGUCAGCUGUCAGGAGUGCACCCGGGUCUACGACGUCCACACGUGCAAAUAG